UCCGCCACGAAGGGAAAGAAAAUGGCGGCGGCGCCAGAAGAAGAACAGCAGCCGCAGCCGGCGCCGCCUCCUCCGCGUCCCUCGCAGCCUUUGUCGGGGGCCUUGUCGUCUUCGGCCUUGAGCGGAGGAGGCCCUGGGCCUAACCCUCUCUCUCGGAAGCUCCGGAAAGUGCUGGAGACGCGGCUGGAGGCGGACAAGGAAAUGUUGGAAGCGCUCAAGGCUCUUUCAGCCUUUUUUGUAGAAAAUAGUCUGCGCACCAGAAGAAAUUUGCGUGGAGAUAUAGAACAUCGCAGUUUAGCCAUAAAUGAAGAAUUUGUCUACAUUUUCAAGCAAGUGAAAGAGGAGCUUGAAAGCAUAAAUGAAGAUGUGCAGUUCAUGAAUAACUGCUGUCAGGAGAUGACUAAUCACUUGAAGGCAACCAAAGAACAAACCCAGGAUUUAAUCGUAAAGACAACUAAACUUCAAGCAGAGAACCAGAUAUUGGAAUUAAAAGCACAAAUAGCAGAUGCUUUCAUAGCGGAAUUCCAGCUUUCUCCAGAAGAGAUGAACAUCCUUCGAAGUGCAAGAGAUGGGCCUGUUACAGAGGAUUUUUUUAAAGUAUUGGGAAGAGUAAAGCAAAUUCACAAUGAUGUCAAGAUCCUUCUACGCACAAACCAGCAGAGAUCAGGCCUAGAGAUUAUGGAACAGAUGGCUUUGCUUCAAGAGACUGCAUAUGAACAGCUUUACCGGUGGGCACAAGGUGAAUGCAGAGCUUUAACCCAAGAAUCCUGUGACAUUUCUCCAGUUCUAGCACAAGCAAUGGAAGCUUUACAAGACAGGCCUGUUCUGUAUAAAUACACUCUUGAUGAAUUUGCUACUGCCAGAAGAAGUGCUGUGGUCCGUGGUUUUAUAGAUGCUCUCACCAGAGGAGGUCCAGGAGGAACUCCCCGUCCUAUUGAAAUGCAUUCUCAUGAUCCUUUAAGAUAUGUAGGAGACAUGUUGGCAUGGCUACAUCAAGCUACUGCCUCUGAGAAAGAGCACCUGGAAGCCCUUUUAAAAUACAUAACUACUGAAGGAGUAGAAGAAAAUAUGCAAGAAGUGGUUGGACACAUCACAGAAGGAGUUUGCCGACCUCUUAAGGUUAGAAUUGAACAGGUGAUAGUGGGUGAACCUGGAGCAGUCCUCCUAUACAAAAUAUCUAAUCUUCUCAAAUUCUAUCACCACACCAUCAGUAAUAUUGUGGGAAGCAGUGCAGCUGUACUGUUAACAACAAUAGAAGAGAUGCAUCUGUUGAGUAAAAAGAUAUUCUUUAACAGCCUGAGCCUUCAUGCAAGUAAACUGAUGGAUAAGAUUGAAUUGCCACCUGCAGAUCUUGGUCCAAGCUCUGCACUGAAUCAGACACUUGCUCUGCUGCGUGAGGUUCUAGCCUCCCAUGACUCAUGUGUUAUUCCUUUGGAUACUCGUCAAGCUGAUUUUGUACAGGUUCUCUCUUGUGUGCUGGAUCCGCUGUUACAGAUUUGUACUGUGUCUGCUAGUAACUUAGGAUCUGCUGACAUGGCAACCUUCAUGGUGAAUUCACUUCAUAUGAUGAGGACAACACUAGCUCUGUUUGAAUUCACAGAUAAACGACUAGAAAUGUUACAGUAUCAGAUUGAAGCACACUUGGAUACCCUUAUAAAUGAACAAGCUUCCUAUGUAUUAACUAGAGUGGGAUUGAGUUCCAUAUAUAAUGUUGUACAGCAGCACAAACCAGAACAGGGCCCCUUGGCAAAUAUACCUAGUAUGGAUGCUAUGUCCUUAAAAGCUGCAAUGGUCCAGUUUGAUCGUUAUUUAUCAGCACCUGAUGGUCUGCUAAUGCCACAGAUAAAUUUCCUCCUAAGCACUGCUGUUAAACAGCAGAUAAUAAAACUGUCCACAGAACUUGUCUGCAGAGCAUACAGUGAAGUCUAUGCAGCUACGAUGAAUCCAGACAAUAAAUAUAAAGAUCCAGAAACAAUAUUGCACAGAUCUCCCCAUCAAGUUCAAGCACUUCUGUCCUAAUCUUGUCAUCAGAGACAUUCCUUAAGGUAUUCUCAUUGUUUAUGGUCUGAAGGCAGCCAUGCGAGUCAUGAUAAGCACUGACAGUUGCUGGCAGUCUGCAAUUGGACCACACUUGUGUGCAAAGUCAUUUGGCUGAAAUCCCAUUGAUUUUAGUGGAACUAAGACUGAGUUAUUGAUCGCAGAAUUGUUAAGUAUGUUGAUAGACAUAUGCAAGAUGAACACACCAAGGUUUAAAAUUAAAGUUUCAUCAUUAUAUGUUUGGAAAAGCAUUGUGAUAAUAUCCAGGUUUCUUGGGAAGUUUAAAAAAAACAGCACAAUAACAAUUUGAUGAAAAAAUAAAGUGCAACCUGAAUUGUUUCUGCUUCUGGUGACUUAGCCAUUCUGCUCUUUAAUACAGUGCACCCGCGCCAUAUGUGGGCGCAUUACAUGCGGAAGCCGCAUGACAAUAUAAACAAUGGUGUGCGUGCCUGUGUGCACGUGCCCCAUUGUUUCCUAUGAGGUGUGAGCAUACGCAGAUUUCCCCUUAUGCGGGGGGGGGGGGGGUCCGGAACGGAUCCCCCACGUAAGGAGAGGGUCCACUGUAGUUCGGAAAACUAUUAAUCCUUGAGGGAAGAAGACUUUGGCUUAGUGUAGUUAAAAGCCCAGUAGUUGGAUGCAUCUCAUUCUGCCAUUUAUAUACUUGCAACAAAAAUAUACUGUAAGUCCAAAGCUUUAGUCUUGGAAAAUCUAAGUCACAAAUGAAAUACUUUCUAAAAAUAUUGACUUUGCAAACAAUAAAGCAUCCCUUCAUACAGUAUGGAAGAGAAGGCUGGAACAAGUUAUUCUAUUAGAUUAUAGCUCCUGGAACCCCUCAGAUAGGUACUUGUGGAAUUCUGGGUGUUGUAGUCCAAAGCAGUAUCUUUCCCAAGAUCUGUGACGGAAAUGAGACUGAAAGAAUAGAUGUUGCUUGUGUGUCCUUCUCCCAGUCAUCAUAGGAUAGGAAUUGCAAUGCAUGAAUGUAGUCCGGAAAGGUUUCUUUUCUAAACUCUGUUCCAUUGUUUCUCUCCACACCUUGGAAGACAAAAUUUCUGCAGUGGACAGCCUGUAGUUAAGCUGGCAUGUAGUAUUGUUUCUGGUUUUCCUUUUUAUUAACUAAGGAGAACUCCAAAAAUGCAGGUACACUAAGCAUUACUGCUUCUCAUGAACCAGAAGCAUCAUAUUCAGCAAUCAAAGGACUUGCUUAUCUGUUACUUCGUGCUGCAUUUAACUGGCUGAAACAUUUUAAACUACCAUUCAUCAAUUCUAUUUUGAUAAGGUAUGUAGGAUCUACCCUGUUGUAUCGAUAAUGUUUUACAAUUCCUGGCUCACGUCUUGAUGCCAACACCAAUGUAAAUGAAACCUGUAUGCCUGGCUUUAGGAAACCUGGAUAUUUUCCACACACUCAAACACUCAGUGAUCUUCCAAUGUAAUCUGUGGGCUAUAAAUUAAGGCUAUUCUGCCUAAUUGAUUCAGUAGAACUAAUGUAACUAGUAUUUAUCCUGGAGAAAUAUGUCAUGGAUAUUUUAAUUCAUGGAUUGGGAAUUUCCAGGUAUCUGUACAUGUGAUGAGUGAAUGUUUUACACUUCAGAUCAUUGAUUAACUAAAACGAUCUUGAAUCUGAUAUGUUUGUAAAAAAAAUCUAAAAGCUAGCUGGGUAAUGAAGCAAUUAGUUGCAUAAUCGCUAAUGUAAGCAGCCUUGGAAAAAUGUGUUGAUAGAAAAAAGAUUCAGUUUGAUAUAGUUACUAGACCUCUAUUCUUUUAUAAUAAAUACUGAGUAAUUGUCUGUAAAUAAAUCCUAUAUCUUUUAUAUAAAAUACCUCAAACCAAUAAAAGUUGCCAUCCAAAUGUGAAUGUCUUUGUGUUAUGGGAUAGUAACUGUGCUGAAGAUUUCAUACUGCAAAUAAAUAUAUAUAGAAGUGAUUCAAAACAGAACUUUAACAUAUUCCGCAUCUGUCCUCUUCAGUUGCCAAAUAUGAAACUGAGCUGCAUGCAAGAUGGCAGUGCAGAACAUUACGCUAUCAACAUUUUUAGUGGAUUAUGGUAUUAUCCUCUAAGUUGAGGCUGUGUGGUAUCAGAGUUUUCAGUCCAUAAAUCCAAAAAUUAUCCUUUUUGCCAAUACUUGGACCAGAGGGGAAAUUAUUAGAUUUAUAGACUUAUUUAUUUUUUAUUUAUUUUGUCUAUUAAUUUUGGACAAAAGGGGGAAGUUUUAGACUUAGGGGUUUCUACUAUAUAACACCAUACAGCUCCUUACUGUAUAAUACCAUCACCCUCUAAGAAUGCUAAUAACAGUGUGUUUGAAACUGUGGCCUUGUAUGCGGUUCAAAUUAAUCUUGGCAACUGAAGGAGGUAGAAGCCAAAAUGCCUUGCUCUUGAUAUAUAUUUUUUGUUAAUUAUUUCAAUAAAUAUACAUGUCCAGUGAUUAAUUGUAUCCUUCUGGGAUCCAGGACAAACAUGGGAGAACUGCUGUUGGUUUGCUUUUUAAUGCGACUAUAUGAAAAAGAAACUAAAGGAAGCUCUGUAUCAGAAGUCUCUGAAAACUAAGUAUUUAUCCAAACUGCUUUCUGGCUAGUGUUUGUUUCCUGUAGAAAUAAUUAAAAUGUUUUUAAAAUCCUACCAUCUUAGAUAUUGUUGUUCAGGUAGUUGUGGCUGUAUGUUGCUAAAAGCAUUCCUCUCUCUCCCCCACUUUUUUUUUGUGGUUAAAAAAAAGGAGCCGGAACAGCUUGGAUUCAGAUUACCAUUAGGA